AUGGAUUCAGCUACUGGAUCAUUUGAGCCAUAUUCAUUUAAUAUCGGACCAAAGUGUUCUGACUUGGUGUUUGGAAAAGAACAAGCAAAUGGAUUGCCAUCUACAGAGGCAGAGCGUCGAGUGGAGCUUUGUGGACCCAACGAAAUUGUGUUUAAAAUCGACACAUUUGCUCGUGGUCUCAUCAAGGAGUUUACUGGCAUUUUCUACAUUUACCAGCUGAUGAUGCUUCUUAUUUGGUAUUACUAUGCCUACUAUUACAUGGGCAUUGUUCUUACCAUUGUUAUUAUUGCAUCUGGUAUUGUCAAGAUUAUUGUAUCCACAAAGUCACAACAACGAGUUCUUGAAAUGGCCACUUUUCAUGGCCGUGCAAAAGUCUUCCGCGACGGCAUAUGGACUCGGGUAGAUUGCUCAAACUUGGUUCCUGGUGAUGUGAUUGAAAUUGAAGCGUCCCAUAACGAAUUAUCAGUCGAUUGUGUACUUGUCAAGGGACAAGUUGUUGCUGACGAGUCUUCUUUGACUGGCGAGGCUCUUCCUGUUGCCAAGUUUCCCAUCAAAAACAUAGAUCGAGUCUAUAAUCGCGAAGAGUCUGAAAAAACCAACACAUUGAUUGCUGGCUGCCAUAUUCUAGAGGCUCGUCCAGAUGUCGAAGGCGAAUCGGUCAUGGCAAUUAUUCUUGCUACUGGUGCCUCCACCUCCAAAGGCAGUCUUGUCAAGGACAUUCUUUAUCCUAUGCCCAUUUCGUUUAUUUUUCUAGAGCACCUAAAGAUUGUUAUCCCCAUGCUUGCUAUUUGGGGUGUGGUGAUGCUUUUCUUGUCCAUGGCAAUGCUAGGUUCAGCCACUGCCGAUGCCUGGUUUUAUGGAAUGAUUACAAUUUCUCAAAUUCUAUCUCCAUUGCUACCUGCUGUUCUUGUUAUUGGUCAAAGCAUUGCAGCGGAUCGUCUACGUGCCCAAGGCAUCAUGUGUGUUGAUCUUGCUCGCAUUACGCUUGCUGGAAAAGUCAAGGUGUUUUGUUUUGACAAGACUGGCACGCUCACCAAAGAAGGUUUGGAUUUCCUUGGCACUCAUGCAAUUGACAAAGACAAGGCCGAGUUUAAAGUAGUCAAAACCGAGUUUGAGUCAUUUGACGAUGAGAUGAAACAAGCCAUGCUCUGCUGUCAUUCCCUAUCAAUGGUUGGAUCUCAGCACGUUGGAAAUUUUGUUGAUAUUGAAAUGUUCAAGGCUACUGCAGCUGUGUUGGAUACACGAUCUGGUAGUACAACUAUGAUUAUUCCCAAUAGAAUUUCCGACAACAUCAACACCAUGCAUAUUCUUAAACGGUUUGAAUUUGUUCACUCGCACGCCUACAUGUCUGUUGUUGCAAUGAAUACCGUUACCAACAGAAUCACAGUGUAUAUCAAGGGAUCGUUUGAAAAGGUGCAGGAAUUGGUCAACCCAUUUACACUUCCUGCCAACUUUGAAGCGGUUUCCAAGAGUCACUCGAGUACAGGAUGCUAUGUUCUUGCAAUUGCUAGACGUGAAUUACCAGAAGGAACACUUGCUGCAGACUUGCAUACGUGGACUCGUGAGCAGUUUGAGUAUGGUGCAGAUAUGGUUGGACUUUUGCUGUUUCGUAACCAACUUAAACCAGAUACUGUCACUGCCUUGGAAGAACUGCGUGGAGGUGGCUGUCGUGUUGUUAUGAUUACAGGUGAUCAUGUCAAUACUGGCAUUCAUAUUGCUCAAACUAGUGGCAUGAUUUGUCAAGAUUGGCAAGGAGUAGACCCUAUUGUUGCUCUUGGUGAUGUUGACAAGAGUCAGGACACUGUUCACUGGACACUGGUAGGCAGUGACAAGCGUAUUAGUAGGUCUGAGCUUGAAAACAUGCUUGGUCAGUCCAGAUCUGGUCUUCAGCCCGUUGAACUUGCUGUCACGGGCAAAGCAUUCAAUAUGCUUGUCCGCGAUGGAUUCAUGAACGAGUACCUCUUUGAAACGCGUGUUUUUGCUCGUAUGAGCCCUGAAGAUAAAGUUCAAUGUGUUCGUCUGCAUAUGACCCAUUGCAUUACAGCCAUGUGUGGUGACGGAGGUAACGAUGCAGGUGCACUCAAGGCUUCUCAUGCUGGUGUUUCACUUUCCGAAGCAAAAUCAUCAGUUGUCUCCCAUUUCUCAUCUCGUAACCGCUCAAUUCAUUCGUGUGUCAAUCUCCUCAAAGAAGCUCGUUGUUCACUGGAUGUUUCUUUUGCCUCGUACAAGUACUUGAUCAUGUAUGGUGAAAUUUUGGCAUUUGUUGGGUUGAUUCAGUAUUACUUUGUAGUCAAUAUGAGUCAAGCCAUGUGGAUCUUGAUUGAUGGUAUCACCAUUCCCAUCAGUUGGGCACUCACCAUGUCCAAACCCUCUCGUCGAUUGGUAAACUCUCGCCCAACAGCACGUCUACUUGGAUUUGAAACCAUUGCAUCAAUUGUUGGUCAAAUUUUCAUCAACAUUAUCAUUUUGGUGAUUGCAACUGCUUUACUUUUCAAACAAUCGUUUUUAAAA